GGAAGGUUGUUUGGUUUGUGGUGCUGCAGUAGAGAAGUAGUGAUUAUGGAGCGGACAGAAAUGCCGAAACCUCAGAGCCUGGAGGAUGUAAUUCAGGCUUUGCACCGGAUUUUCGCUGAUGAUAAGGUCGAUGUGGACGAAGUGCAGGCUUUGUUGGAAUCCUACCAAAGCAACUCCCAUGAGUGGCUGAAGUAUGCCAAAUUUGACCAGUACAGGUACACUAGAAAUCUUGUUGAUGAAGGAAAUGGAAAGUUUAACUUGAUGAUACUGUGCUGGGGUGAAGGCCACGGCAGCAGCAUCCAUGAUCAUGCUGAUUCCCACUGCUUCUUAAAAAUGCUUCAGGGACAGUUAAAGGAAACAAUCUUCAAUUGGCCUGGUGAAGGAAAAAAAGAACUGACCAAGAAAAAAGAGACCAUCCUUCAAGAAAACCAGUGUACUUAUAUCAAUGAUUCAAUUGGAGUGCACAGAGUCGAAAAUGUGAGUCACACAGAGGUGGCUGUCAGCCUUCACUUGUAUGUUCCUCCCUUUGAUUCUUGCCACUGCUUUGAUGAAAGAAGUGGACAUAAAAAGAAAGUGAGAGUUACUUUCACCAGCAAAUAUGGAGAGAGAGUUCCUCUUGCAAAUGCUGUUUCUCAAGAAAACAACUAAUUUAUUCAAUUGCAACACCACCUUGCUGGAAUUUGAGAUGCCAAUGUAAUGCUGGCAUGAAAUUGAAUGUCCUCGUGCUUUGAAGGGAAGGAUAAAAAUGUCGUUUUAAUGUUGCAAAAUUAAAUACUUAAUUGUCAGGCUAAAUGUUUUUAGAUUGGCUGAUUAUGCAAAUAUGAAUUAUCUUAAUAGAGGCAGUGCUGCGGUUUCAUUUAGUUGGCACUUUAACUUUCAAUCAGCUUUAUUUGAGUGCUUCAAUAAACUUUUUCACCUGUGACAAAAUGUGCCAUUUAUCUGAAGGUUGUCCUCUUAAUGCUAGCUAAAUAUCAGUAUUUACUGUACUAUUGUAAUCUUCAAUUCUAAAAUAAAGUGCCACAAUCAUUCUUUGGCAUUUGGAGACUUGAUAUAGAUACUGGUGCAUUGUAAAUAUGAUACUAAAAAAUGUAAACAAUAUAUUUUCCUGUAACAAGACGAGGUAUAAAUGUAGUGAUUUUUAUUAGUCUGAAGUGAUUUUAAAAAUGUCUGUACAUAUAAUGGGGGAAAAAAACAAUUUUCAUUGGGAUAUUACUUCAAUAAACUGAAUUUGUGAAA